AUGGGAAAUAACAUCUCGGAUUUCUGGCUGCCGCAGGGUUUACUGUCAAUUCUGCGCAAACUGAAGAGUGCACCAGACCAGGAGGUGAGAAUCCUCCUCCUGGGACUAGAUAAUGCAGGCAAGACCACACUCCUGAAACAGCUGGCAUCUGAAGACAUCAGCCACAUCACACCGACACAGGGCUUUAACAUUAAAAGUGUACAGUCUCAAGGUUUUAAGCUGAACGUGUGGGACAUUGGUGGACAGAGGAAGAUCAGGCCGUACUGGAGGAACUAUUUUGAAAACACUGAUGUUCUUAUCUACGUCAUUGACAGCGCCGAUAGAAAAAGGUUUGAAGAAACGGGUCAGGAGCUGGCCGAGCUCUUGGAUGAAGAAAAGCUCAGCGGAGUCCCAGUGCUCAUAUUUGCUAACAAGCAAGAUUUGCUUACGGCUGCCCCUGCUUCGGAGAUUGCUGAGGGACUGAAUCUACACACGAUCCGUGACAGAAUCUGGCAGAUCCAGUCUUGUUCAGCCCUCACAGGAGAAGGCGUGCAGGACGGCAUGAACUGGGUCUGCAAAAAUGUCAAUGCAAAGAAGAAAUAACCCCUCCCCCGAGCUGCAUGGAAAUGGAGGAGCUGUGGAAGCUGAAUUCUAUCCUGGAAGCGCUAAUUUGCUGCUUUCUGACCAAAUGGUUUUUCCAUCUGUGCACAGCUACAGCUGUUAAAAAAAGGGAACAACAACCGUUAAACCCGCUGCUGGAAUUGGACCUUUACCUGCUCCUUAGUCGAGUUAUUUUUCCCAAUAAAGGAAUUGUACUGGCCCCCCUCUGUAUAAAUAGUAUUAACUGUCUCCACACUCAGCUGAUUAGAAAAUGUGAUUUUAAACAACAGGAAGCUUGUGAUUCAGGUUAGAGAAUUCCAGUGGGCUGGGAGCUUGUGCUUUGGCUUCUGCAGAGCCAGUGUAGUCACCAAGAUGUUCACAGCAUGCCCUGCCCCCACCGGUUCCACAGUCAUCCUGGCCAUUCUCAGAUGGCAGUCAAAGCUUUUCCCCAGUGACCAAUCAGGUAGCAAGUGUGGGGCGUUCUGUCAUUUUGUGGAAGGUGGGUAGAAUUCUCAUGUCAUUCCCUGCCCCCGGUAGCCCUAAAAAGGACCUUCAUCUUAACCAGACAAAGCAGGGACGCCGCACCCCUCCCUAGAAGCGGGAGAGGAGCAUGUAUGAAUAACCCAAGCUCUUGACAGUUUGAAGGCAAGGAGUGGGGGUAGCUUUUCCUCCAGCUAAAGUAAAACGCAGGCCACCUCACGCUGGCAUAUAUGCGGUUACCCACGUUGAGUGCAAGGGUGGGCGGUUAUAUUUUUGAGAGUAAUCUUAGUAUUCCACAAACCCUGGCCAUCGAGGUAACUGUGCAGCAAAGCUCAGAUAAUUCCAUGUUUCAGUUCCUAGAACAAGGUAAAACUGCUCCCACUUUUUUCUUUUUUGAACACACAGUGUAUUUUCUGCCUUCUCUAAAAUCGUUCAGUUCAGGAGGUGCACUCUGGGGCUUGUGGGGUGAAGAUCUACAAUGGCUUUGUGGUGGGGAUAGCUUUCUGAUCCUAGGCAUCAUGAGGCUGGAGCCAUGAAACGGCCACUGUUGGAAGGAAUCUCCCAGUUUAGAAUUACUCCCUUGUAUGGUUAGGGAUUGGAAUAAUGGCAGAUGGGAAGCAGGAAGGAAAAUCUUGCCCUAAGAUGAUGAUUCGUUUUCCCUUGGCUGACAAAUCCUACAACUUCAGUCCAAAUGGAUGUGUCGGGGAGGUGGGGGGUGCUUGUCAUUUCUAGGUCCCCAGUUCAAAUCCAGCCCAAGUUGACAGGGACUAAGAGUCACUGGCACCUGAAAGCAGUUGUGUCCAAUCUAAAAAGCAUCUGCUGGCUCUCAGUCCAGCUAGUUUCUAGCAUGCAGAUUUACAGAUUGUUUUUUUUU